GGAAAAGAGCGCGAUGCCCGCUUCAACAGAAAGACCCGAUUCCCACGCUUCUUGAAAAUCAGAGAGAGAAGCUACAUUCAAUCCAGAAAUGCUCAAUUUUCUGAUAUGUCGGUUUGGCAUUUGAAAUUCAAUUAAAAAUACGUACCUUUUCUCUUUUUCUUUUUUCUUCAGAAAAUAUAGCUGUUUAAAUCAUUUUCUGGAUUAUUUUGUUGGGUUUUCUGAACUUUUUUAUUGAUUCUCUUUUAUGGGUUUUUGAAGUUGGAUUUGAUUGUUUUUGGGUUUGUUUUAUUUUGCAUUUUUGGUUUCUAAUUUGAAAGAUUUUGAUGUUUUUUUAGAGGAAAUGUAGAUAGACAUUGGCAUUUGUUGGGUAGGAAGUUUUGAGUGGUUUGUUUUUGGAUUUUGAUUGGCUAGAAAAUGGAAUUUGGAGGGUGCUAUGGCUGAUGGGUUUCAUCUGUUUUAGGUGAAAGCGCUUGUGUCGUUUUCUGGUGAUUUAUGGUUGGUUUUGGAUUGAUUUUUUGGUUUUUAGUUUUGUGGGAAAUUUAUAGUUGUGGUGUGAUUUGAAUAAAUGGUAUUGGGCCCAGUUGGGUUUUGGAGCUUUUGAUUGAGAAACAGCUAGGAUAAUCAUUAAUUUUGAUUGAGUUUUGUGUAUUUGCGUGGUUUUCUGGUGAUUUUAUGGUUGGUUUUCGGUUGAUUUUUUUUUUUUUUUUGGUGGGAAAAUUGAUGGGUUAUGUGGGAUUUGGAUGAAUGGUAUUGGACCCAGUUGGGUUUUGUUACUUUCCGUCGGUCAACCAAACUCUCGUGGAAUCAUAAAUUUUGAUUGAGUUUGGUGUUCUUCAUUUGAAUUUGUGGUUUUUUUUUUCUUUUCUUUUCCCUUUUCCUUUUUCUCCUUUCUUUGAGUUGAUGUUGUUUUUUCUCAACGUUUUUCUUUGUUUUCUGGAUAGAAAAUGGUAUUUUGUAGAGGAUUUUGAUAAUAGGUUGAAUUAGUAUUGCAAUGGCGGAGAGAAUUUUGCUUGGACCAGAAUCCCGGAAAGCUCUAUUUUGUCUGUUGACAAUCACAACAUUCCUAUUAAUCUUCUCUUGGUUCUUCUUCCUGCACUCAGCAGGCAGCUCACAUUUCAUCGGCUACAGCUCAUUGCCCAAUUCAAGGCUCUUUGCCGUGUUUGACAGUGAGAAUUAUCCGUCUCGAGACCAGAACAAUGCCCACCCAUCGGCCUUUACAUCCACAUUCCUUAAAGAUGAAAAUGGAAUCUCUGAAGAGCAAGAAUCCACGAAAUGCAAUCCAAAUAAAGCGGUUCUGAAAGUUUUCAUGUAUGAUUUGCCUCCAAAAUUCCAUUUUGGUCUGUUAGACUGGAAGCAGAUGAAGGAAAGUGUAUGGCCGGAUCUUCGAGAUGGAGUGCCCGAUUAUCCUGGUGGAUUGAAUUUGCAACAUAGCAUAGAAUACUGGCUUACAUUGGAUCUUCUAUCAUCAAGAUUUCCUGAUCGGCCUGGCCCGUGCGCUGCUGUAAGAGUCGACAAUGCUCGCAAAGCUGAUGUUGUAUUCAUUCCGUUCUUUUCGUCAUUGAGUUACAACCGGUAUUCAAAGCUGAAACCACACGAGAAGACAAGCCAGAACAAGGUGCUGCAAGAUGAGUUGGUGAAGUUUGUGACAGCUCAGGAGGAGUGGAAGUGGUCUGGGGGACGGGACCAUGUCAUCAUGGCUCACCAUCCAAACAGCAUGUUGGAUGCAAGGAUGGCUUUGUGGCCAGGCAUGUUCAUUCUCUCGGAUUUUGGGAGGUACCCUCCAAAUGUAGCCAAUGUGGAAAAGGAUGUCAUUGCACCUUACAAGCAUGUGGUAAAGACAUUCAUCAACGAUACAUCUAGCUUCAAUAGCCGCCCGACCUUGCUGUAUUUCCAAGGAUCCAUCUACAGGAAAGAUGGUGGGUUUGCUCGACAAGAGCUGUUUUAUCUUCUCAAAGAUGAGAAGGACGUGCAUUUCUCUUUUGGAACCAUCCAGGGGAACGGAAUAGAAGAAGCAAGCCAAGGGAUGCAAUCGUCAAAAUUCUGCCUCAACAUCGCAGGCGACACUCCAUCAUCCAACCGGCUGUUCGACGCGAUCGCCAGCCACUGUGUCCCUGUCAUAGUCAGCGAUGAGAUUGAGCUCCCCUACGAAGAUGCCCUUGACUACUCCAAAUUCUGCAUCUUUGUGCGCACAUCCGAAGCUAUGAAAGAAGGGCUCCUUAUAAACCUCAUUAGAAGCAUUGGGAAGGAUGAGUGGACCCAAAUGUGGCAGAGGCUGAAGGAAAUUGAGGGCUACUUUGAAUUUCAGUACCCAUCCUGGAAAGAUGAUGCUGUGCAGAUGAUUUGGCAGGCAGUGGCCCGUAAGGCAGCUGCAAUUCGAUUGAAGGUACACAAGUCUAGGCGAUUCGCCCGGUCUGAUAUUGGGAGAGAAAAGCAAUUGAAACCGCUUCCAUUUCCAAAUGAGGACUGAUGGGUGAUUGAGGAUUUUGUUUUAUCAUUCAUGUGGGAUGGAUGAAAUGUAAGGUAAUUCAUUUUCUCAUUCAAUUCAACAACAACAACAAAAAAAAAAAAAAGUUUGGGAAGGAAAAAGAAAUCCAACCAAAGGAGGUUGGAAACUCCAUUCCUGAUUCUUUUUCAGUUCACUAGCUUAUUAUGAGAUUAACCAUGUAAAUUUGCAGCCUUGAGAGGGUGAGAUGUACAUUUUAUUCUCACCAUGGAUUUUGAGCCCUAUGUCUACUGUAAUGGAAAAGGUCUUUUUUUGUA